AUGCGUCCAGACCGCCAGCCAAGCCCCGGCGAUGCGCUCGACCAGGCGCCUCCUGGCCUGACGUCUGUUUCAACCGCAUCGAAUCACGUCGUGCAACUGAGCGCGCCCUCUACUCGUCAAGUGCCUGGGGCCUCGCACGAGGUCAGGAAUCAAGCCGGCUCGGGCUGCACCGCCGUCAGCUGCCUUGGGGUGCACGACACGAGGGGUGAUGGCCUUGGACCCCGAGUUGCGGUCAUUCCGCAGCCAGCGUCAGCAUUGUCCAUUUCUUCUCACGAGAGCAGAAAUGUGGAAAUGGCUGAACGGCCCGUCCUUCUGGACGUCAAGGCAAGGAUCAAGAAUCCUCCGGGAUUCCGAGCCAUGCACGCAUCAAUCUUACCCCAGCCGGUGGGACAUCGGUGUCUUUGCAGGGCUGAAGAAGUCGCCGAAUCAGCCUCCAGACGUUACACAUCUACUCUACAGCACCUCAACAUUGGGAGCAAGUUCUGCCGUUAA